AUGAACUCGAUAACAUGGGCUCUGGCAGUGCUGCUCGUCACCCCAGCCGCCUCCUACUUCAUUCACGUCGACGCCAAUGAGGAACAAUGCUUUUUCGAUCGACUAACCUCCGGAACAAAGAUGGGAUUAAUGUUCGAGGUUGCCGAAGGCGGAUUCCUCGAUAUUGAUGUCAAGAUCACUGGACCGGAUAACAAGGAAAUCUACAAAGGAGAACGCGAAUCGUCCGGAAAAUUCACAUUUGCCGCUCAUAUGGAUGGUAUUUACACGUAUUGUUUCGGAAACAAGAUGAGUACUAUGACGCCGAAGGCUGUGAUGUUCACCGUGGAGAUCACCGAGCCACAUCAACAAGCACCAGGAGCCGCUGCUAGUCAAGAUGCUGCUGAUAACGCGAAAUUGGAAGAGAUGGUCCGCGAGCUCUCCUCCGCCUUGAUGUCCGUGAAACACGAGCAAGAGUACAUGGAAGUGAGAGAACGAGUUCACCGAAACAUCAACGAAAACACCAACUCUCGUGUCGUGAUGUGGGCGGCGUUCGAGGCAUUCGUACUCGUCGGAAUGACAAUUGGACAAGUGUUCUACUUGAAGCGAUUCUUCGAAGUGCGAACGAUGGUGUAA